ACCCAAUAAGAAUGCUCUAAAUAUCAUUAUAUAAGAGGAAGUUUUGAAAAGGAUCAUUGAUUGAUCAUGAUGUUGUCUAAGAAUCUCCUCCUUGCUGCACUUCAAGGUGCUUUUGUUCUGAUCACUGUACUUCUCAUACAGGCUAGGGCUCAGGCUCAAUCGGGGUUCAUUAGCAUUGACUGUGGAAUAUCAGAGAACUCAAGCUAUACAGAUGAAACAACAGGUCUAGCUUACAUUUCUGACACAAACUUCACCGAAGCUGGCGAAAACCACGAAAUAACACCAACUCACAAAUUACAAACCGAUGAAAAACAGUUCUGGAAUCUGAGAAGCUUCCCUCAAGGAAAAAGAAACUGUUAUACCCUUAAACCUGUUCAUGGCAAAGGUCAACGGUACUUGAUCCGAGCAAGGUUCAUGUAUGGAAAUUAUGAUAACGAAAAUACAAUCCCAAAAUUCGAUUUGUAUAUUGGAGUUGACUUUUGGAGCACUAUAUUGCUAAAAUAUACGUGGAGUGUUCAUAAUGAAGAAAUCAUACAUGUUGCGUUGUCGGAUUACGUUCGUGUUUGCCUAGUCAAUACAGGUUUUGGGGUUCCAUUCAUUUCAGCCUUGGAAUUAAGGCCUUUAAACAACGAAACAUAUGUAAGUGAAAUCGGAACAUCGUUAAAUCUUUAUGGACGCUUUGAUUUUGCUUCAGCUACCGAUCGAACCACCAGGUACAUAGAUGAUGUUUAUGAUCGAUUUUGGUCACCAGUCCAAACAGAGGUGUGGAAGCCAUUAAAUGUUUCUCUCAGGGAUGAGAAUAACGCUAUGUCCAUGAACUUAUAUGAACCACCGUCGGCUGUGAUGAGCACUGCAUAUACAAGAAAUAACAGUUAUAGUUACAUGGGAAUGAAUUGGAUAGAUUUAAAUACUUCUUCCAGAUAUUUCUUCUUUAUGCACUUUGCAGAACUAAAGAAGCUCAGAACAAACCAAACAAGAGAAUUCGAUAUCUUCAUCAAUGGAAAGUUGUGGUUCGGACCACUAGCUCCACUCUACUUGAGGCAAACCACAAUCUACAGUUCUACCACGGGCAUCAGCCCUGACACUGAAGGAAAUAUUCAGAUUUUCAUUAACAAAACCGCAAAUUCAACUCUACCACCACUUAUAAAUGCCAUGGAGAUUUAUGUUCUCAACGAGCUAUCACUAAAAGAAACAGAUCAAACAGAUGUUGAUGCUAUCUUGAACAUUAAGAGAGUGUAUGGAGUGAAGAAGAAUUGGCAAGGAGAUCCUUGUGCUCCUGUGACUUACGUGUGGGAUGGUCUUAAUUGUACCUAUGCAAAUAGUUCCCAUAGAAUUACGUCACUGGAUUUGUCUUCAAGUGGAUUAGUGGGGGAAAUUUCUCCUUACAUUGCCAAUUUGAGGAUGUUACAAAGCUUGGAUCUAUCAAACAACAGCCUUACUGGGAUGGUACCUGAAUAUAUUGGUCAACUUUCAUUCUUAAGGGUUUUAAACUUGAAAGGAAACAACCUCAAGGGUCCGCUUCCAGCUUUGCUUCUUGAAAGAGCUAAUAAUGGCAGUCUAUCAUUAAGUGCUGAAGCCAAUGUGAUGGUGAAUAAAAAUUCAACUUCACCCACGAAUGAAACUUCAUCAUCAUCUUCACUUGGUUACUGGUGCAAAAACAACAAGUUUGUUGUUCCCUUGUUUUCAACAAUUGGUCUACUAUAUUUUGUAUUAUAGCCCAUUAAUUGGUAUACUAGUACUGCUUGGUAUAUUGUGUGUCUGAUUUUGGUCAUGAUGCACCCACCAUCAAUACCCUUGUUUUCCUUAUCAACUCAAAAGACCCAACAAAGACAGUAGUGUCAUGCGUCGUCAAGAAACACUAGUUAUCUGGUCUUCCUUUUACCCAAUAAAUUUUAUGAUUAUAUAUAAUUAAAAAUAUUUGUGACAAAAAUAAUACUAUUUAAAAAAGAAAAAUAUUCGCACACUAU